GGUCUUUAUGAUGUGUAUCUUGUGCUGACCUCCUGUUUUAUCCUGUGACUUAGAAUGCCUAACCUCCUGGGAAUGCAGUCCAGUAGGUCUCAGUCUCAUCUUACCCAGCCCCUGUUCAAGAUGGAGUUGCUCUGUUUAAACGGCUCUGACAAUAACAAUUAGAACCCCAUGUGAAGUUGAUUUUUCCAGAUAAAACUUGUUUAGAGAAGUUCUAUUGUAGACAAAGCCACAUGCAUCACAUUUUUACCCAAGUUUUUACUAUACUGUAGCUUUUUGUGUACGUUUUGAGAACACCCAAGAGAAGUCUGACCAGAAAAGAGAGUAGAUUGUAUCCAAGAAUAAUAUGGAUUUAGAUUUGCUGGUCAGAAUGGAGCCAGACAUUCAGUUUGAGUAUGGUAGAUAGGUUUUUCAGAUGGUAAGUAACAAAGCAAUUUUGAGGAGUUCACCCUCUCUACUCUUCUGGAACCUCAUCAGGACAUUGAGGGAGAAAAAAAGGUAACAUCUUUGGCUACUUUUCUAGUUUUUUCCUCUACUUUGCAUAAUCCGGUUCUAAAACAAUGUUUUCCUCUGCUCUAUUUUCCCCAUCCCUGUAGCUUUGGUUCCCACUGACUGCAUUUCCUGUUGCUAAAGCCUGUUAUUCCUGGCUUCAGUUGGUUGUUGGCCUGAGAGAAGGUACAAGUUGGUUGUUGGCCUGGAGUAUGAUCUGGGUUCUGGACUUCUUUUAAUUCCUUAGAUUGAAUGUGUGGCCUCCUGCCGGUAACUGCUAUGGAGAACACCACUAGCUUUGAUUUAUUUGAAAGUGAUAUAUUUGAUUUAAAACUUUUUAGUAUAACUUAGCUUGUCCCAUUCUAGUGUGUGUGUUAUUUCAUUCUGCGAGAAAAAAAAAAAAUAGAUGCAAAGGCUUGUUAUUGUAGCCCCACCCCCUUUAAUUUGUCUAUACAGUCUUGUGAAACAAUUGCGCUUCUCUUCGUGGUACCGUCACUAUUAACUACACUUAUUGCCUAACACAACAGUCCCUUACUCUGAAGAUGCUAGCGUUUUGAUGACUGGGGCCACCUUAUAUACUAGUAAAAAAUAAAGAGCAAUACAGAUUGAAAUGCAAUUAAGCGCCCAAAUAUGUGGCUCAGGGGUAAGGGUCACCAGCCUUUCCACGUAAUGGAGCCGGUGUGGCAGAGAAAAGCAAUGACUGUUUGUCCUGGCAGAGCCCCUUGUCCCUCCCUUCCACACGUACACACCUUUAUCUCAGAGACACUGGGUUCUUCUCCCUAAACUUAUUUGACUCUUAUGCCAACUACGUGCGUCUGAAAGCCCAAGAAGGGAAAAUGGGGGAGGGGGCGUGUCGCCCGCUUCCACGGGUUUCUGUCCCUGGACGGCUGGGGGAGGCGGUGGAUGAGCUUCCCCAGUCCAGCUGCAGCCGACCUAGGUCCCAGUCCUGCCCUUUGCUCUCCUGCUUUCCACUGAGUCCCCAGGCUCUAGAGGGUGGGCGUGAGAGUGGCCCUAGCGGAGGCUCGGAGGUCCUCCCGGGCUGUUCAGACGGCCCCAAGCGGUAGCCACGUUCUGAUACUGGCUAGAAGCCAGGGGAGGGAGCUUGGGGUAAGGGGAGGGCCCUGAGGGAGGGGUCAGACGCUUUAGGAAAGAGUUAAUGCGAAGAGGGGGAGGGGAUAGGACGGAGAACCGAAGGGAAGACUCAGGGCCGCCAACUUCCAGCUGCAGCGGCGACUUUCAGUUUCAUUUCCGCGGACCCUCCUGCCUGGGCCGCAGCCGCCGCCGCGAUGCCCAGUAAGUUCAGCUGCCGGCAGCUCCGGGAGGCGGGCCAGUGUUUCGAGAGUUUCCUGGUCGUUCGGGGACUGGACAUGGAGACAGAUCGCGAGCGGCUGCGGACCAUUUAUAACCGCGACUUCAAGAUCAGUCUUGCCUCCAGCAAAUCCAUCCUCCAAUCCUGAUGCCAGAGUGAUCUGAAAUGCAAAUAUGAUCUUGCCACUCCCCUGCUUAAAACCCACCAACCGCAGUGGUUCUGUAACCACGCUGUAGCCUCUGACGUGGGCUGAAAGCACAAAGCCAGGCUAUUUGAUCUCUGGAGAAGGAUCCUUUCCCUUCCUGCUUGGGUUCCACCUGCACCCUAUGACUUCGGGUGGAAACUGCUGUCUGAUCAGCCACCUUGCCCACACACUUGGACAUCUGUACUGUCUCUGAUCCCUUCUCUCCUCACCAACAGGCUGGACCCCACAUGCCCCCUUCUGAAUCAACUCAUUCCGCUUCCCCUUAGCCUCAGCUCUUUCUUCUGGGUUGUUUGUAUUUUCUUUUCUGUCCCAAACAGUUUUCCCCACAAAAAGAACUUUAUGUCCUUCUCUCUCUUCCCUCAGUCCUUCCAGUCAGCAGCCUGUGACUGGGCUUUUCCCCUCAGAAAUGAACAAUCCAGAAGCCACUGUUUAAAACAACUGUAUUUUGCCUUGGGAAGUCCCGUUGCCUUCCCUUAAAACAUGAAACGUUCCUCCGAUCCCCAGCCUGUGUCUCUCUGUCUCUGGGCCCCAUCCUGCUCCACAGCAGGGCUGGUGUGUCCAGCACAGAGUGACCCUCCGGUGCCCUUCCCCACCCGCCGCCCUGCCUCCUGCGGGCCCUGCCUUGCCUCACUUCCCAGUCUCCUCUGCUUCUGGCAGCUUUGGGACCCCCGCCCCUGGCUUCUCCUCCAUGCUGUAUGGAAUGAAGAUUGCAAAUCUGGCCUACGUCACCAAGACUCGGGUCAGGUUCUUCAGACUCGACCGCUGGGCCGACGUGCGGUUCCCAGAAAAGAGGAGAAUGAAGCUGGGGUCAGAUAUCAGCAAGCACCACAAGUCACUGCUAGCCAAGAUCUUUUAUGACAGGUCUGAGUAUCUUCACGGGAAACACGGGGUGGACGUGGAAGUCCAGGGGCCCCAUGAAGCCCGAGACGGGCAGCUCCUUAUCCGCCUGGAUUUGAACCGCAAAGAGGUGCUGACCCUCAGGCUUCGGAAUGGCGGAACCCAGUCUGUCACCCUCACUCACCUCUUCCCACUCUGCCGGACACCCCAGUUUGCUUUCUACAAUGACGACCAGGAGCUGCCCUGUCCACUGGGCCCCGGUGAAUGCUAUGAACUCCAUGUCCAUUGUAAGACCAGCUUUGUGGGCUACUUCCCAGCCACAGUGCUCUGGGAGCUGCUGGGACCUGGGGAGUCGGGUUCAGAAGGAGCCGGCACAUUCUACAUUGCCCGCUUCUUGGCUGCCGUCGCCCACAGCCCCCUGGCUGCACAGCUGAAGCCCGUGACUCCCUUCAAGCGGACCCGGAUCGCUGGAAACCCCAUGGUGACCAACCGGAUAGAGGAAGGAGAGAGACCUGACCGCGGUAAGGGCUAUGACCUGGAGUUAAGUAUGGCGUUGGGGACAUACUACCCACCUCCCCGCCUCAGGCAGCUGCUCCCCAUGCUUCUUCAGGGAAGAAGUAUCUUCACUGCCCCUAAGGAGAUCGCUGAGAUCAAGGCUCAGCUGGAGACAGCCCUGAAGUGGAGGAACUAUGAGGUGAAGCUGCGGCUGCUGCUGCACCUGGAGGAGCUGCAGAUGGAGCAUGAUAUCCGGCACUAUGACCUGGAGUCGGUGCCCAUGACCUGGGACCCCGUGGACCAGAACCCCAGGCUGCUCACGCUGGAGGUUCCCGGGGUGACUGAGAGCCGCCCCUCAGUGCUACGGGGCGACCACCUGUUUGCCAUUUUGUCUUCGGAAACACACCAGGAGGACCCCAUCACCUAUAAGGGCUUUGUGCACAAGGUGGAAUUGGACCGUGUCAAGCUGAGCUUUUCCAUGAGCCUCCUGAGCCGCUUUGUGGAUGGGCUGACUUUCAAGGUGAACUUUACCUUCAACCGCCAGCCCCUGCGAGUCCAGCACCGUGCCCUGGAGCUGACGGGGCGCUGGCUGCUUUGGCCCAUGCUCUUUCCUGUGGCAUCUCGGGACGUCCCGCUGCUGCCCUCGGAUGUGAAACUCAAGCUGUACGACCGGAGUCUGGAGUCAAACCCAGAACAGUUGCAGGCCAUGAGGCACAUUGUCAUGGGCACCACCCGUCCAGCUCCCUACAUCAUCUUUGGGCCUCCAGGCACCGGCAAGACUGUCACAUUAGUGGAGGCCAUUAAGCAGGUGGUGAAGCACCUGCCCAAAGCCCACAUCCUGGCCUGCGCUCCAUCCAACUCAGGGGCUGACCUCCUCUGUCAAAGGCUCCGGGUCCACCUUCCCAGCUCCAUCUACCGCCUCCUGGCCCCCAGCAGGGACAUCCGCAUGGUACCUGAGGACAUUAAGCCCUGCUGCAACUGGGACGCAAAGAAGGGGGAGUAUGUAUUUCCCGCCAAGAAGAAGCUGCAGGAAUACCGGGUCUUAAUUACCACCCUCAUCACGGCUGGCAGGUUGGUCUCGGCCCAGUUUCCCAUUGAUCACUUCACACACAUCUUCAUCGAUGAGGCUGGCCACUGCAUGGAGCCUGAGAGUCUGGUAGCUAUAGCAGGGCUGAUGGAAGUAAAGGAGACAGGCAAUCCAGGAGGGCAGCUGGUGCUGGCAGGAGACCCUCGGCAGCUGGGGCCUGUGCUGCGUUCCCCACUGACCCAGAAGCAUGGGCUGGGGUACUCGCUGCUGGAGCGGCUGCUCACCUAUAACUCCCUGUACAAGAAGGGCCCUGAUGGCUAUGACCCCCAGUUCAUAACCAAGCUGCUACGCAACUACAGGUCUCAUCCCACCAUCCUGGACAUUCCUAACCAGCUCUAUUAUGAAGGGGAGCUGCAGGCCUGUGCUGACGUUGUUGAUCGAGAACGCUUUUGCCGCUGGGCAGGCCUGCCUCGACAGGGCUUUCCCAUCAUCUUUCAUGGCGUAAUGGGCAAAGAUGAGCGUGAGGGCAAUAGCCCAUCCUUCUUCAACCCUGAAGAGGCUGCCACAGUGACUUCUUACCUGAAGCUGCUCCUGGCCCCCUCCUCCAAGAAGGGCAAAGCCCGCCUGAGCCCCCGAAGCGUGGGCGUCAUCUCCCCAUACCGGAAACAGGUGGAGAAAAUCCGUUACUGCAUCACCAAACUUGACAGGGAGCUUCGAGGACUGGAUGACAUCAAGGACUUGAAGGUGGGUUCCGUGGAAGAAUUCCAAGGCCAAGAACGAAGUGUCAUCCUCAUCUCUACUGUGCGAAGCAGCCAGAACUUUGUGCAGCUGGAUCUAGACUUCAACCUGGGUUUCCUGAAGAACCCCAAGAGGUUCAAUGUUGCUGUGACCCGGGCCAAGGCCCUUCUCAUCGUGGUGGGCAACCCCCUUCUCCUGGGCCAUGACCCCGACUGGAAAGUAUUCCUGGAGUUCUGUAAAGAAAACGGGGGGUAUACCGGGUGUCCCUUCCCUGCCAAACUGGACCUGCAACAGGGACAGAAUUUACUGCAAGGUCUGAGCAAGCUCAGCCCCUCUACCUCAGGGCCCCACGGACACGACUGCCUCCCCCAGGAGCGGGAGGGUGAAGGGGGCCUGUCCCUGCAAGUGGAGCCAGAGUGGAGGAACGAGCUCUGAAGACUUAGCACCCAGCCUUCUCGCACCAGCCAAGCCUUAACUGCCUGCCUGACCCUGAACCAGAACCCUGUCUCUGAACCAGAACCCAGCUGAGCUGCCCCUCCAAGGGACAGGAAGGCUGGGGGAGGGAGUUUACAACCCAAGCCAUUCCACCCCCUCCCCUGCUGGGGAGAAUGACACAUCAAGCUGCUAACAAUUGGGGGAAGGGGGAGGAAGAAAACUCUGAAAACAAAAUCUUGUUCUAUGCAAAAGCCUUGA